GGCCGUGGGGGCGGGAUUGCCGCAGUGUCCGGCGUGCUCGCUUGCCCCUGGCAGGAUUGAGGGGAUGUUCGCGUGCGGGGUGGAAGGUGCUUGCGCUGUUCCCCGAUGUCCCCCCUCUUUCUCAUGGCCGGCUGCUUAGGUCGGGAGACACCGUGCUGAGGAGGUGCCGCCACUACACUAUCAUGAGGAAGGGUCGGUCUCGGGGGGACAAAGCGGGGCCCUCGGCGCUCCCGGCCGCAAGGAGGCUGGAACAGUCCGCCAGGGCCCCCGUAGACCCCUCCGAGAGGAGGGUUUCCUCCGCCGCAGCCAACUGGAAGACGGCUGAAGAAGCGGGUCGGAGUGGCGCCGCCUGCAGGGAACCGCCCGAAAAGGAUGCUAUAGCAGAACCAAUUAUGCUACAUUCCCGAAAGCUCAGCAACCCUGACAUCUUUUCAGCCACUGGGAAAAGUAAACUCCAUCGUCAGCUGAGUCAAGAUGACUGCAAGCUCCGGAGGGGUAGUUUGGCCAGCUCUUUGUCAGGAAAACAGUUGCUUCCUUUAUCCACUAGUAUGCACAGUGGAGUGGGACAGACAGUGUGGCAACCACCUGGUGAAUCAUCUAAUCUGGUCCGCAUGAGGAAUCAGUCAUUGGGACAGUCUGCUCCAUCACUUACAGCUGGUUUGAAGGAACUUAGUCUCCCUAGAAGAGGAAGUUUAAUCUCCUCUCCUUUCCUUUCUCACUGCCGAGGAGGUGAUGUCCACCAACAUGUGUUCUCUGCUUCAGUUCUGCAGCAACUUAAAAUCCCACUUAGUGCUGAUUGUGCUCUUGCUUCUUCUCCUCUAAUGUUUUACCUCAACCCACAACCUCAGAGCAACCCUGGUAGUCCUUGCUACAGCAAUCCACUUCAGUGGAGUUGCCGGACCAGUAAUAGAAAGAGCUUGAUUGUAACCUCUAGCACAUCUCCAACACUUCCACGACCGCAUUCUCCACUCCAUGGCCAUGCAGGUGGAAGUCCAUUGGAUAGUCCCAGAAAUUUCUCCCCAAAUGCACCUUCUCACUUUUCCUUUGUUCCUGCCCGUAGCCAUGGACACAGGGCAGACAGGACAGAUGGACGUCGUUGGUCACUGGCCUCCCUCCCUUCAUCUGGGUAUGGAACAAACACUCCCAGUUCAACAGUUUCAUCAUCAUGCUCAUCUCAGGAAAAGUUGCACCAGCUGCCCUAUCAACCAACAGCAGAUGAACUUCAUUUCCUGACAAAGCACUUCAGCACAGAAAGCAUUACCGAUGAGGAAGGACGGCAUUCUCCAGCAAUGAGACCCCGAUCUCGUAGCCUCAGUCCUGGUCGUUCUCCAGUGUCCUUUGACAGUGAAAUAAUAAUGAUGAACCAUGUAUACAAAGAAAGAUUUCCAAAGGCCACAGCCCAGAUGGAGGAACGGCUGGCUGACUUUAUUGCAUCCAGUACAUCAGAAAAUGUGCUGCAACUAGCAGAUGGAGUCCUAAGCUUUAUUCUUCAUCAAGUUAUUGAGUUGGCAAGAGACUGUCUGGAUAAAUCGCGUGAAGGACUUAUUACUUCUCGGUACUUUUAUGAGUUACAGGAAAACCUUGAGAAACUCCUCCAGGAUGCUCAUGAGCGAUCAGAGAGUUCAGAGGUGGCAUUUGUUACACAGCUAGUGAAGAAGUUGAUGAUCAUCAUUGCACGACCAGCACGAUUGCUAGAAUGUCUGGAAUUUGAUCCCGAAGAAUUCUACCAUCUGCUAGAAGCUGCUGAAGGCCAUGCCAAGGAAGGAGAAGGAAUUAAAUGUGACAUUCCUCGUUAUAUUAUUUGCCAGCUGGGCCUUACAAGGGAUCCCCUUGAGGAAAUGGCCCAUUUGAAUAGCUAUGAUAGUCCUGACACUCCAGAGACAGAUGAUUCCACUGAGGGAAAGAGCCGGGGAGCCUCUGCGCUAGUCAAGAAAACUCCAUCUGAAGAGGAAUUCGAGACUAUUAAGCUGAUCAGCAAUGGGGCCUAUGGUGCAGUGUUCUUAGUACGCCAUAGGACUACACGCCAGCGGUUUGCAAUGAAGAAGAUCAAUAAGCAGAACCUCAUUUUGAGGAACCAAAUUCAGCAAGCCUUUGUGGAGAGAGACAUCCUAACCUUUGCAGAAAAUCCCUUUGUUGUCAGCAUGUUCUGCUCCUUUGAAACAAAGCGGCACCUGUGUAUGGUCAUGGAAUAUGUGGAAGGAGGAGAUUGUGCAACUCUGUUGAAGAAUAUUGGAGCUUUGCCUGUUGAUAUGGCAAGGAUGUAUUUUGCAGAAACUGUGUUGGCGCUGGAAUAUCUCCACAAUUAUGGCAUCGUCCACCGUGACCUGAAGCCCGACAAUCUUCUUAUAACAUCAAUGGGUCACAUCAAGCUGACUGACUUUGGCCUCUCUAAAAUUGGCUUAAUGAGUUUGACAACCAAUCUGUACGAAGGACACAUUGAAAAAGAUGCCAGAGAAUUCUUGGAUAAGCAGGUGUGUGGGACUCCAGAGUACAUUGCACCAGAAGUGAUCUUGCGUCAGGGUUAUGGAAAACCUGUGGACUGGUGGGCGAUGGGAGUAAUCUUGUAUGAAUUUCUUGUUGGCUGCGUUCCUUUUUUUGGCGAUACACCAGAAGAAUUAUUUGGGCAAGUUAUUAGUGAUGAAAUUGUCUGGCCAGAAGGAGAUGAAGCUUUGCCACCAGAAGCACAGGAUCUCAUUGCUAAACUUCUCCGACAAAACCCUAUGGAAAGACUGGGUACAGGUAGUGCUUUUGAAGUAAAACAGCACAGGUUCUUCAAAGACUUAGACUGGAAUGGAUUACUCCGACAAAAAGCAGAAUUUAUUCCACAGUUAGAAUCGGAAGAUGAUACAAGCUACUUUGACACUCGUACUGAGCGGUAUCAGCAUUUAGAUUCUGAAGAAGAAGAUGACACAAAUGAUGAUGAUCAUGUGGAAAUUAGGCAAUUUUCAUCAUGUUCACCAAGGUUUAGCAAGGUAUAUAGCAGUAUGGAACGUCUUUCUAUCCAUGAAGAAAGAAAAACACCACCACCCACAAAGCGCAGCUUGAGUGAGGAAAAGGAUGACAGACUGGAUAGUCUUGGUGGUUUGAAGAAUCGAGACCGCAGCUGGGUGAUUGGGUCUCCUGAAAUACUGCGUAAGCACAUCUCAGUAUCUGAAUCCUCUCAUACAGAGAGUGACUCCAGCCCACCACUGACUGUCCGUCGGCGUUGUUCUGGUCUUCUCGACAUGCCCCGUUUUGCCAUUUCAGCUGAGGAAGAAGGGAAAAAGAAACAGCUGGAUGGGACAUCACUGCCUUUGCAACAGCCACGGGAAGGUCUUCCCCUUCCAAUUCCAGAACAGCCUGUAGAGCGAGAACUGCACCUUGAUGAUGAUGAAGAAGAACUAAAAACACCCUCUUCAACUGUCAGUAAUGUGAGCAGCUCAACAGUGACAGCUGGGAGCAUUGCAGACUUCUCUGAUCAGCACACUCACAGUAAUAGCAAUGAGGGCCCAGAAUUUACUACUCCAAAAGCCACAAGUGAUUUGGCAGUCCGCCGAGCCCGACAUAGGUUACUCUCUGGUGAGUCAGGGGAAAAACGGACUUCACGACCUGUCAAUAAAGUGAUUAAGUCAGCAUCAGCCACUGCCCUCUCUCUCCUAAUUCCCUCAGAGCAUCAUACGUGUUCUCCAUUGGCUAGUCCAAUGUCGCCUCAUUCUCUGUCUUCCAACCCAUCUUCGAGAGACUCAUCUCCAAGUCGAGAUUUUUCCCCUGCUGUCAUGAAUCCUAAACCACCGAUCAUAAUCCACCGAGCUGGAAAGAAAUACGGAUUUACACUUCGUGCCAUUAGGGUGUACAUGGGAAACAGUGAUAUCUACACAGUGCAUCACAUGGUCUGGCAUGUAGAAGAAGGUGGCCCUGCAAGUGAAGCUGGUCUGCGGGAAGGGGACUUGAUAACACAUGUGAAUGGAGAACCUGUACAUGGAUUAGUUCAUACUGAAGUGGUGGAAUUAGUCCUGAAGAGCGGGAAUAAAGUGUCCAUAUCUACUACACCUUUUGAAAACACAUCAAUCAAAGUGGGACCAGCUCGGAAGGCCAGUUAUAAAUCAAAGAUGGCUAGGAGGAACAAGAAAAGCAAAACAAAAGAUGGGCAGGAAAGUAAGAAGAAGAGCUCUUUGUUCAGGAAGAUCACCAAGCAGGCUUCUCUGCUUCACACCAGCAGGAGUUUAUCUUCUCUCAACCGUUCUUUGUCAUCUGGGGAAAGUGUUCCUGGUUCACCUACUCACAACCUUUCUCCACGUUCACCAACACAGAGUUACCGAUCUACUCCUGAGUCAGCACAUUCAGUUGGUGGAAACUCUUCUCAGAGCAGUUCACCUAGUUCUAGUGUUCCCAAUUCUCCGGCCAGUUCAGGACACAUCCGUCCCAGCUCUUUGCAUGGGCUAGCACCAAAGCUUCAACGGCAGUAUCGAUCCCCAAGACGUAAAUCUGCAGGAAACAUUCCUCUAUCACCACUAGCACACACCCCAUCACCAACUCCACAGUCCACAUCACCGCAGCGUUCCCCUUCCCCUUUACCGGGGCAUUCAGUUGGCAGUUCAAACAUCAUGCAGUCCUUCCCUGUAAAGUUACACUCCUCUCCACCUCUGGUCCGACAGAUUUCAAGGCCUAAGAGUGCCGAGCCACCAAGAUCUCCUCUGUUAAAGAGAGUCCAAUCAGCUGAGAAACUAACCUCCUCUCUAUCCUCCUCAGAAAAAAAACUGCCCGCUUCACGCAAACACAGCUUGGACAUCUCCCAUUCUGAAUUCAAGAAGGAGAUGCUCCAGAGAGACCCAACUCUCCAAAGCUGGCAGGAAUCUAUGAAUGAAACAACCGGAGGUAAAGUUGGGCUUGCAGAAAAGGGGACACUACAAAAACCUCCUUCCAGGAAACUGGGGGCUAUUCGGCAAGACAGGGUGGAGCGAAGGGAAUCUCUUCAGAAGCAGGAGGCCAUCACAGAAGUAGAUUCUUCUGAAGAUGAAACUGAUGAAGGAUCUGAAGAUAGUCAAGAUGGAAAAAGGUUGGGCAGGGCACCCUUCAGUACAGACCACCACAUGUCUGACACUUUCACUAAGGAGGUGAAGCCAUCUUCCAAGUUAGAAAACAAAGACAGUAUGGAAGAUGAUGCUUUUCUUCUGGAGGAACCAAAAACUGACAAUUUGCCGAAUCAACAGCAACCAAAGAAUGCUACAAGGACAUUUCUGACUGACAUAGAUGAGUCACAAUCUGAGGUUUGUGCAAAAUCUUCACCUAUAGAAAAACCUGGUGGCUGUGAAACAAUUAUGCUAAUAUCAGAGUCUGGAACAGCAUUAGAGUUAAUGCAAGGCAAUAAACCUGUUGGUCAAAAAGGUGCUUUUUUUGAAGAUGCUAAAGAUCCUAAGGAACCUCUGAUUAUCCAAGAAAGCAGAGACUGUCAGGAACAGGUGACGUGCCUACCACUAAGACUCCUGCAGCUUGGUCAAGGUGACUGCUCAGGACAGGCAAGUGACAAAAAUAACCUGGAGGAAUCGGCUCCUAAAGAAGCCACUUACAUAUUGUCUCAGAAUACUAUACCUUUGUUAGCACUGUCAUCUUCUACUUGCACAAGCUGUCUUCCACUAGUAAGCCAAAUGGAUUGCAAAGACCCACCUCACAAAAAGGAUCUCCUGUCUACUAAGAAGAGCACCAGUUUUCAAAAUUUGGGAGAUGGUAGUGAACAAAGUUCUCCUAAUCUGGAAGAACCACAAAGAUUGUCCUCUGCAGUGGCAGUUUCAGAACACAAGAGUCAUUCAAGUGACACAAACCCAAGUUGCCUUGCUGGUAGUCCAUCACUCACACUUGAUGCCCCUGCUGAAAGCAGAGAAGCAGCUUGGCCAGCCCACUCAGCAGCAGAUGCAAAAGGCAUGCUAGGCCCAGUAAAUGUCAACAUAUCUGGCUCAAGAGAACUAGAAAAAGCAAGGAAAGAGUUAUCACAGGAGGCCUUGUUUCGUAUGAAAGAAACUGCAUCCAAGCAAGAAAUGCAGGAAAUACUAAAGGAAGUUCCAGAAACAGCCAAAACUUUCAGCAUGGGUCAUUUCAUUAAGACAUGUGGUUCCUACAUUGAGUCAGAAACCCCAGCAGUGUCAUGGGGAUUGGAGUGUUUAGUGGGAGCAAAAGAGGAGCCAGAACAUGGUAGCUCUAAUGUAGCUAAAAUUUUGGAUAAUAAAUGGCAGAUACCUUCUGAAGAUCAGCUACAUGGCACUGCAAGGCAAAGCAUGAGAGUUUCUUCAGAAACAGAUGGCAACCUGAGUUCUAAAAAGGAGACUGCUUUGAUGUCUGGAGGUCACUCACAAACGGAAGACUUCCUAUUUUCAGAAGAUCCAUGUUAUGUAAAGAAAACAUAACAACUUCUCUGCAUUUAGCUAACAGACAACAUCAGUAGAAUAUAAAACAGAAAACCUGUACAUCUAUUUUUUUGUAGUUUUGUUUUUGCAAUCUUGUUUUUUUCAUUCUUACUAUACUAUUUUUAUACAUAGCAUUUGUCAUGUGAUGCCUUUUAACAGGGUAUCUUUAAAGCAAAAUUACAAAAUAGUUUGCAAAUUUCUCCUAUGUUUUAAAUUUUGCCUUAAUUUUAGAUAAUCCUGUGCAUUGUCUUCCUUUUGAGCAUUUUUCCUCAUUUCUUUCAACAUUGCAGAGGAAAUAAGGAAGCUUACUUGCAAAGCAAACAUUUGGCCAUCAGCUUUAAAUAUCCAAAAAAUUUAUAUUGGCGAGGAUAAAAAAUAAACCGAUUUAAUGGCAGAAAUUCACCACACACUUCCAUUUCUUAUGCAUCAUAGACUUCCACAUAUAUUUGUGAGGAAAAUGUUGUGUUAACUUGUGUGACAGGGCAAUAUCUUUUUAAAAGCAAUCUUUUGAGCAAAACAUUGCAACAAAUCUUCAGUCAGAUUUUUUAACUUUGCUUUAAAAGAAGCACUCCAUCUUCAGCCUUUUUAGAAUUUUUAACAUGUGUUGCCUUACCAGCCUUCCUUUGCUCAGAGCUGGCAAUUAUGUAAAAAGCAGUAAAGAGUGCUUCAAUUACUAUGGCUCUUAUUGAAGUAGUCUAUUCCAUUAAGACUUUACUGGAGGAGGUGACUGUUUUGACACUGCCCCUCAUCUUGCAGGGCUAGCUAGUUUGUUGUGGAUACCAUUAACAUUCAGCCAAGUUCUGAUCUGACUCAGUGAGAAAUGAUCUUUACCGAUUUGUUGGGAAAGACUGAGACAAACCACUAUACAUGAAAUAGUCCUACUCACUUGAGUACUGCUUUUCUAAGUGUAAGAAUUCAUUAAAUAUUGGCCCCUAAAUCACACAGAUGAACAGUGUGUUAAUUGUAAUUCAGAUCACUCUCCAUUGCUUAAUCUACCUACUUUGUUUCUGAAAUGCCUAUGUUUCUUAAGUAAUGUUUUGAUAGCUUUUGCAAGUGUAACAUCAUCUGGUGCUUUCACAAAAACAGCUGUAAUACUGCACUGAUAGGUAGAUGGCUAGAUAAAGAUAUGCACUCAGUCAAUGCAGCAUUUCAUCUUUAAUUUACUGAGUCUAAUUACAGUUUAUAGGCAGACGUGACUGUUUCCAUAAAACCUGUAAUACUGGUGAAUUUAACUUUCAGCCUUGCCUUAACAAAAUACAAAAUCUGUGUGUGAGAGCAGAGAAAGCAAUUAUUUGCAUAGUCUGCUCUUCUACAUAGUUGAUUACACGGUGAGUGUAAUAGCUUUUCAGGGUGAACACUGCAGUUAAUUACAGUGCAGCUUCAUUACUCUGCCAUGUUUCUGAUAUAAAGCCUCUUCCAUUUCUUCUUACAGAGACUAUAUAUACUUUUUUGACUAGCAACAUGCUCUUAAAACUAAUUUAUUACCAUAUUUCAAAUGACUUUGUUUCUUGUUUGAAUUUCCUGAUUGCCUUCUUCUGCCAGUUACUCCAUAUCUAAUUCUAGACUAUUUGGUUUCAGUUUUGGACCAAUUUAUUUUUGAUUUAGGAUUCUUUUUACGUUAACCACUGUUUACGUAAGUGUGCGUGUGUAAGUAAAAGGGAAUGAUGUGUGAGUGUUAUAAUGCUGUAGAGGAUCCAUGGGCUUUCUCAUAUGUAAACUUGAAACUUCAGUACUCAACAUAUCACCAGUAAUUCCUUGUAAUCUCCUUAAUUCUGCAACCAGCAUACAAGAGCUAACUUUAUGCACUGCAUCCACGUUUAUGUCUUGCAAGCCUUUAAUAUCACUUUGCUGAUGUACUUUCCAGGCACGGGAAUUGGGGCAUCAGUACAUAGAAACAUUUAGGAAAGGGGGUUUGUUGCUGAUGUGGGCUGAUGGCAUUGCCACACAGAAAUGCACAUUAACUUGAAUAAUGUUAAACAUAUGAAAUGCUGUGAUUUACACUGUAUGAAUUUGAGCCCUCGGGAUAAGUAAUGUCACUUCAAACAUACCUUGUAGCAUCUGUAUUUACAAAGGCAGCCAAAGGUUUUGUAUCUCUACUUUAGCCAAAUAAAGCAUAUCGGGCCACCUCAUUUCUGUAUUAUAAAUGCCACUUGGAUGUUACCUUUUGAUAUGUCUAUUAUACCAUUACCAGGAAAUCUGUAUAAUUCUUGUAAGUCUUCACUGUCACCACUACUUGGUAAAUUUGUACAACAGGACUCAUGUUAGUAAAAUUACUGGUAAACUUUCUGUCAAAACCCAAUGCUAAUAGAUCAGAUUGAUUCUUUGGACAUUUAUAUUGAUGAGUUCUGACAAUCAUGACAUUACUGAGGACAUCGUUUAGAAUAAUAAAAGCACUUAAACUUUAAGUCUAGCUAGAGGUGGUGUGCAAUGGCCAAGCUAAACUGGUGGUGUUACCAUGUUGAGGGAAAGCAGGUGUUGGCAUGACUGUUAAUAGACCAAUUAAGCCACUCACUGCACACGGUACUGAUCCAGCUAACUGGGACUCUGAUCUCUAUAAUGUUCCAUGAAAAAGAGUGACUGUAGAACUUUGCUUAGGCAUAAGAUGCAUGCAGCUGGCUGCUUUCCCAGUUUCUUUUCCUAUAGCCUGGAUGACUGGAAUCCACCAUUUGUUUUCUUCAUGCAGGCUUUACAUUUUUAGUAUCCAGAUGAUGCAUUCCUCAACAACAUACCAGUAAAUGGUGCGUCUAAAACCAACAGAUUGAUACUUAGUGUAAAUAUUAGCUUUUAGCAUUGCUAAAAACCACUCUUGGGGGAAGAUGCCCAAGUAUUUGUGGUGCUCACUAUGCUACAGAUCAGUACUUACCAUAGAGCAGGGUUAGAGGAAUGACUCAUAGAUUUUUUCAUUAGCACUGAACUACAGUGUAAUUUGGAAUUUUUGUUUUUUCCUGUGGGGAGGGUAAAAUCUUUCUCCAGUUUCAUCUUACUGGACGUGAAGGAUGACACCAUAUUUCUAGUAGAUGAUUUUACAGCUGUGUGCGUGUUUACAUUUUGUUCUGAUUUUUUGUUAAUUUGGAGGCUGUGAACACAGCUUUCAUAUUGGGUUCCAAUUUCAAGCUGGUGCCACUUAGCAUCUGGCCACCAGAAGAUGAUGUAGGAUAUGUGUUUUAGAAACUUGAACAGUUGCCACAUAAUAGAGGUGCAAUAAUUUUUAUUCAUGUUGUACCUGCAUGUUGAUGUUCAAAUAAUUCUCUGAAAUACACUUCAUUUUUUAUAUAAA